UGCGGCACUUCCGGCGGGACCAGCAUGGCGGACGUCAUGGAGCUCUAUGUAUCCGAACGGGAGGGCAGUGACUCCAAUGGGGACGGGACCCGGAUGAGCCCAUUCAAGACAGUGCUGAAGGCCCUACUGACGGUCGGGAAGGAGCCAUUCCCUACUAUCUAUGUGGAUUCCCAGCAGGAGAAUGAGCGUUGGGCUCCCAUCUCCAAAUCCCAACUGAAGAAUGGGAAGAAGCUUUGGCACCGGGAGAGGCUGAGGAGCGAGGCCAAGGACAGGAGGGAGGCCGAGGACCUGAUGAGGAGGGAGAAGAACCUAGAGGAGGCCAAGAAGAUCCAGCUCCAUGAGGAUCGCAGCCUCCCCGAGGCCAAGCAGGUGAAGAUCUCAGCUCUGGAGGCCUGGAGAGGCCAACGGGUCAAGGUCCUGGGCUGGGUCCAUCGCCUGCGUCGCCAGGGGAAGAACCUGAUGUUCCUGGUGCUGCGGGAUGGGACUGGCUUCCUACAGUGUGUGCUGGCGGAUGAGCUGUGCCAAUGCUACAAUGGACUGGUGCUGUCCACCGAGAGCAGCGUGGCCGUUUAUGGGAUGUUGAGGCUGGUUCCCCCCGGGAAGCAGGCCCCCGGUGGCCACGAGCUGCACUGUGACUACUGGCAGGUUGUGGGGCUGGCCCCACCUGGGGGGGCCGACAACGUCCUCAACGAGGCCGCGGACGUGGACGUGCAGCUGAACCAGAGGCACAUCCUGCUGCGAGGCGAGGCCAUGGCCAAGGUGCUGCGGGUGCGUGCGGGGCUGCUGCAGGCCUUUAGGGAACACUACUGUGCCCAUGGGUACUGCGAGGUGACCCCCCCCACACUGGUGCAGACACAGGUCGAGGGGGGCUCGACCCUAUUCAAACUGGAUUUCUUUGGGGACGAAGCUUUUCUGUCCCAGUCCUCCCAGUUGUACCUGGAAACCUGCAUCCCGGCACUGGGGGAUGUGUUCUCUAUAGGGCCGUCCUAUAGGGCCGAGCAGUCCCGCACGCGGAGGCACCUGGCAGAGUACACCCACAUCGAGGCCGAGUGUCCCUUCAUCACCUUCGAGGACCUAUUGGAUCGUAUAGAGACCCUAGUGUGUGAUGUCCUCUAUAGGGUCCUGGCCUCCCCUGUGGCCCCAUUGAUCCAGGACCUCAACCCUGGUUUCCAGCCCCCCAAGCGACCCUUUAGACGUAUGGACUAUAGGGAGGCCAUAGAGUGGCUGAAGGAACAUGGAGUAAAGAAGGAGGAUGGGACUUACUAUGAGUUUGGGGACGACAUCCCCGAAGCCCCCGAGCGCCUCAUGACCGACACCAUAAAUGAGCCGAUCCUAUUGUGCCGCUUCCCAAGGGACAUCAAGUCCUUCUAUAUGGAACCUUGUCCAGAGGAUCCCAGUUUAACCCAGUCUGUUGACGUCCUAAUGCCCAACGUGGGGGAAGUGGCCGGCGGCUCCAUGCGCAUAUGGGACCUGGAGCAGCUACUCCAGGGUUACCAACGGGAGGGCAUCGACCCCAAAGCCUAUUACUGGUACACAGACCAGAGGAAAUAUGGGACCUGCCCCCAUGGAGGUUAUGGGUUGGGACUGGAGCGGCUGCUGACCUGGAUCCUCAACCGGCCCCAUAUCCGGGAUGUGUGUCUGUAUCCUCGCUUCCUGCAGCGCUGCCGGCCAUAAGGAUGCUCCGACCCCAUAGGAUCCCAUAGGAUCCCAUAGGAUCCCAUAGGGUUUGGGAAUGCCACAAUGGGUUUUCCUUCUGUUCCUAUGGUUAUUUAUUGCUGGGGGGAGGCGGGAUUGUGGCUGAUCCCAUUGAUCCCACCUGCAUCCCAUUGCAUCUUGGAUGUCCCCUUUACUUUGCCCUAUAGGGUUCUAUGGGGUUCUAUAGGGUUCUAUGGGGUUCUAUGGGGUUUUAUGGGGUUCUAUAGGGUGUUCUGCCCUCCCCCCUUUGCAUGUCCCUGUGCUCAGCCAAUAAACGAUGUUCCCAACGCA